GGAAUGCCAUCAGCUUUCUCAUCAGAUCCAUUCCAGUAGGUACUGAAACUGCCCCGUGCAUAAUAGCCUGCUAGGCCGCCCUAGGCCAGGUAAGGCGAAUGCUGUCGACAAUCCAGUGGUGAGACAUCCAGGAUGAGAUGUGGGGGUCGAAACCAGAUACCCAGAUGGAGCAUUUACCGACUUUCUACGCCAGACGGAGGAAUUCCUGUAUCCACGGACACCUAUCGUGUUUGAUACAGUCUAAAGACCUGAGCUACUAGACUCCUGCCAUAUGAGUAUUUCGGAACUUGAGCAUCGGAGUUUGCCUAUACAUAUACGGAACUUUGAUACAUAUUUGUACUCACAGGUCAGUUCGGGAAUAAUGUUGUCAACCCGAGUUUUGUUCGUCUCCGUCAGCAGGCGGUUUCUUAUGUCAGACGGCAAAUUCCACAAUGUCGACCUCAACAAAACCGCUGUAUGUGGCUCCAUAGCUCCGUUCAUCCUUGUUCAACAUGAGGUAUAUCCCAGAGCUCAGCCCCGUUUCCGCGACCACGUCGAUUUCCGCUGCCUUACUGGACGCGAGGGAGGAGUUAUCUCUAAGGACGGAAGUCGAGGCUCCUGGAAGGUCGGACACGGUAUAAAAGUAGUGGGCAGGGAGGUAAAGGGUUAUGGUGUCUCUAGCACUUGGAGACCGAUAAAUGGUAUCGAAGCUGGCUAUCUUUGGCUGGCUGGCAGAUCCGCCGUCAUCAUGCUUAGUCGCCUUCGCGGGCACCGGCAGUUCCUCUGCGCGAGGGGGAAGACGCAAGUGUCGAUCGAUAACAGAUUUGGACCGAAUAGGGUCAGACGAGCUACUAUGGUUAGACUUAUUCUUUUCUUUUCUCGCCUGUUAAAGUGACUCUCAACGGCCCGUUGCAAACAAACCUUUGCUUUAUUUCCUCGAUGGAAUGAACCUUCAUCUUUCCCUCCACCCCCCUCUGACUCUUCUUCUCCUUCGUCUUCUCCCUCACCUUCUCCUUCACCCACGGUUGAGCAUCCUUAGCGGCAUUGGCUGCCUGCAUUCCAGUUUCCACCGAAGGGUCGCUGGCUGGGCCGAUGUGUAGAUUUUGUGACUCGGAUUCCGCCAUCUUGGUGAGCAGGCGCGUUUUCACAAGUGGCAGUUCGCCAGACAGCAGAGAGGUAGGUAGAGAGAUAUCGACACGCACUCGGCUGACGGCCGGCGGGGAUGAUCG